GAUAACAUGAACACCAUGUGUUAAAACCGUCAGUGUGUUUACAAUUCGGUCUUCAUUUUCUGUUAGACGUUGGAACGGUUAACACUGUGACUUUAAGCACCGUUUUAUUAUCAAGUGGUGUCACACAAUUUUAAGGAAUAGGAAAAAUUUAAGUGCAAUCCAUCUUUAAAACUCUGAGCAAGAAUUGUACAUGAAACAAUUUUAUGACUUUAACGGAGCAUUGAAAUCAGAGCGUGAACGUGAAAAUUGAGAACAAGGAAAACAGGAAUGGACCUAAAUAGUUGACCUAGUUCGGGAUAAAGUUUGAGUUGGAAUAAAAAUGGCUAGAGGAAAAGAUAUAUGUAAUAAAUCUUGGUGGUUGACAGUAUUAAAAACAAAUUUAUUGGUAUUAUUAACGUUAACUGGCGCUAUCAUUGGGUUUGCAUUAGGAAUUGGAUUACGAUCUCACGAUUUAUCACAAGAUGCCGUUAUUUGGAUAGGAAUACCGGGUGAAAUGUACAUGAGAAGCUUAAAGAUGAUGAUAUUACCGUUGAUUAUUUGUAGUGUUAUAGCAGGUACAGCGUCGUUAGAUCCCAAGUCCAACGGCAAAAUCAGUAUAGUUGCAUUAGUAUAUAUAUUAGCAACUAAUUGUUUACCAUGUCUGGUUGGCAUGGCAAUGGCAUUGAUUAUUAGACCAGGUGAAGGUGUUGAUGUUUCAAAUGGACAGAGAGUGGUUGACCAGCCAGUUAUGGAAACGUCUGAUAUAUUUGCUGACCUUUUUCGGAAUGUUUUCCCAGACAAUAUUGUCGCUGCUAGUUUUCAGCAGUCACAAACAAAAUAUGAAAUUCAAGAAGAAUUUAUCCGAUUGAACGUUAGUGGUAAUGUUGUCAAUAAUACAGUCAUAGAGAAACUCAAGAAAAUAGGCGUGGCUUAUUCGACCAACGUGCUAGGUAUUGUCGUAUGCUGCCUUCUGUUCGGAAUUGCCACUACAUCAGUUGGUGAACUUGGCAGGCCGUUCUUCCUCUUUUUCCACUCAGCUAGUGAAAUAAUUCUAAAGAUUCUACGAUGGAUGGUGUGGGCAACACCAGUUGGUGUGGCAAGUCUGAUAGCAGUGGCUUUAAUAAAAUCCGGUGGUUUAGUGGAUACCUUUAAAUCUAUGGGAAUGUUUACACUUACUAUAGCAUCUGCUAUAGCUGUGUACCAGUUGUUAAUUGUACCGCUCUAUUAUUUUAUCAUCAUGAGAACUAAUCCAUACAAAUUCCUUAUCAGCAUGUCCAGGCCAUGGAUGGUUUCCUUUGCAACAGCUAGUUCUGCAGUUGCUAUACCAGAAACAUUGAAUUGUCUAGAACAAGAUAAUCAUGUAGAUAAAAGAAUAUCCAGGUUUGUUGUUCCAUUAGCCUCCACUAUCAACAGAGAUGGUAGUGCCCUCUAUAUUACCGCAGCGUGUAUAUUUGUAGCACAACUGACUGGAGUCGACUUGGAUGGUGGUAAAAUUGUUCUUAUUUGGGUGCUAACAACAGUAAUAUCACUGGCGGUCCCAUCUGUCCCCAGUGCGGGCGUCAUGGCAGUAUUAAUCAAUCUUACAGCUCUAGGAAUACCAGGAGACAAUAUAGGAUUGUUGUUUGCCAUGGAAUGGCUUUUAGACAGAAUAAGAACAGGGAGUAAUAUGUUAAGUCAUGCUUGUUGUGCCAUGGUUGUAUUCAAAUUAUGUAAAUCAUCUUUACCCCCAUUGGAUGAAGAAAUGGAAAUUAUGAUAAGACCAGACAACGUGGAGAAACCAGAGUUAUGUCACUUGAAUAAUCUUGAAGUCAAUGAAAAUUCAGAGAAAACCGUGCUGUAAUGCAGAGAAAUUGCUUCAGACCAAACAAUCCUAUACUUUUAGCCUCAAACCCAAAGAUUCAUCAAACUGUGAAAUUGUAAUAUCAGUGAUUUGUCAGAAGCCAUAUUCCACUUUGAAGAAGCUUAAUAAUUGGAAAUCAAGAAAACUGCCUGGAAUUGAGGAAUUACGCCUGUGCUAAACAUUUACUAACACUUUACCCGAAGUGAUGUAUAACGUGAAAUCAUUUGAAAUUAUAUUUUGAGAUGUUUUCUUAUUUCUAUUAAAAACUUUGUACAAAUGAUCAUCUAAAAUGUUCCAUACUGAAACACAGGCCCUAUUUCUAAGCACUGUCAGUCAGUGGAUUAGAAUUGUAUUACCUGUAGGCUACAUCUCUUAUUAUGUACAUGCAAAUGAUCCAAGUAAUAUAUUAUAUAUUUCAGCA